GCAGUGCGCUACCAAUAAUUGAUGGAUAUAAAAAAUAUUCUGAAUUCAGCAAUAGGCAAACCAGGAACAGGAACAGAAAUGGCCGCAGCAAGUAGGAGGAUCUGCUUUUUGUUAAUCCUUGUACUUUUAGACCCCAUCUUCACGUUUCAGCUCAAGGUCAUUGCAGGGAAACCUGAUGUUCAGCUCAAACUUGACAAUAAGAUUCUUCAGGAAUCCCUCAUUAAAUUAAUUAAUGAUAAUCCUCAAGCUGGAUGGAAAGCUUCUAUGAACCUUCGAUUUGCCAACUAUUCUGUUGGCCAAUUUAUGCACCUUCUUGGAGUUAAAAAAAUGCCCGAGGGUGAUUUGAAGGGGAUCCCGGUCGUUACUCACGAAAAAGGUCUGGACUUGCCAAAAAAAUUUGAUGCAAGAACAGCUUGGCCUCAAUGUAGCACAAUCGGAAAAAUUCUUGAUCAGGGACAUUGUGGUUCUUGUUGGGCUUUUGGUGCGGUUGAGGCUCUCUCCGACCGAUUCUGUGUUCAUUUUCAAAUGAAUAUUUCUCUAUCAGUCAAUGAUCUCUUAGCAUGCUGCGGCUUUAUGUGUGGUGAGGGUUGUGAUGGAGGUUAUCCUAUAUCAGCAUGGCGAUACUUUGUCCAUACUGGUGUUGUGACUGAAGAGUGCGAUCCUUACUUUGAUAAUAGUGGAUGCUCGCAUCCUGGUUGUGAGCCUGCAUAUCCCACCCCUAAGUGCGAGAAGAGAUGCAAUAAACAAAACCUUCUCUGGAAGGACACAAAACACUUUGGUGUCAGUGCAUAUAGAAUCAGUUCUGAUCCAUACAGUAUAAUGGCAGAAAUUUUCACGAAUGGACCAGUUGAGGUCUCUUUCACAGUCUAUGAGGAUUUUGCUCAUUACAAGUCUGGAGUCUACAAACACGUAACAGGUGAUGAGAUGGGAGGUCAUGCCGUUAAGCUUAUAGGCUGGGGGACUAGUGAUGAUGGGGAAGACUAUUGGCUUUUAGCAAAUCAGUGGAAUAAAAGCUGGGGUGAUGAUGGAUACUUCAUGAUCAGAAGAGGAACAAAUGAGUGUGGCAUUGAAGAAGAUGUUGUUGCAGGAUUACCUUCUUCAAAAAAUUUGAUCGUUGGCCACCAUGUGGAUUUAUCACAUUAUGCCUCAAUUUAAGAUCGGAACUGAAAUGGGCAUGCAAGAAUGUGUGUUUUUUAGUUUGUCCUAAAACUAACAAGUUAUCGGAACUGAAAUGGGCAUGCAAGAAUGUGUGUUUUUUAGUUUGUCCUAAAAAUAACAUGUUUAUGGAGGAACGGGUGUUUCAUCAGUAUUUGGUGCAUGCGUAUUCUUCUUUUUAUUAUUGAAAUAAUUCACGACUUCCGUUUUGUUUUCUUCU